AUGAAAUUCGCGGAGCAUCUCGCGUCCCAUAUCACCCCAGAGUGGAGGAAACAAUAUCUUCAAUAUGAGGCAUUCAAGGACAUGCUGUACGCUGCCCAGGACCAAGCGCCGUCCAUAGAAGUUACAGAUGAAGACACCGUGAAGAGAUACUAUGCCAAGUUUGAGGAGAAGUUUUUCCAGACCUGCGAGAAGGAGCUGUUAAAGAUCAACACAUUCUAUUCAGAAAAGCUUGCUGAAGCUCAGAGACGUUUUGCCACACUGCAGAAUGAGCUGCAGUCCACUCUGGAUGCCCAGCGCGAGAGCAACGCUCCACCUGUCCUACGCAAACGCAAGACAGUGUUUCACCUGUCGCAGGAGGAGCGCUGUAAACACCGCAACAUCAAGGACCUGCAGCUGGCCUUCAGCGAAUUUUACCUCAGCCUCAUUCUGCUGCAGAACUACCAGAACCUGAACUUCACUGGUUUCCGUAAGAUCCUGAAGAAGCAUGAUAAGAUCCUGGACACCGCUCGCGGGGCAGAUUGGCGUGUGGCUCACGUGGAGGUGGCACCUUUCUACACCUGCAAGAAGAUCACCCAGCUCAUCUCUGAAACAGAGGCCCUGGUGACCACAGAGUUGGAGGGGGGAGACCGUCAAAGGGCCAUGAAGAGGCUGAGAGUUCCUCCACUGGGGGCAGCGCAGCCUGCUCUGGCCUGGACAACCUUUCGUGUGGGUCUCUACUGUGGAGUCUUCAUCGUCCUCGCCAUUUCCUUCACUCUUGCCGGUGUUGUGCUUAUCCGCAAUUAUAAUGUGUGGCCUUUGGUGCGGAUUUAUCGAGGCGGUUUCCUUUUGAUCCAGUUCCUCUUCCUCUUGGGCAUCAACACCUACGGAUGGAGAAACGCCGGGGUCAACCAUGUCCUCAUCUUCGAACUCAACCCCCGAAACAACCUCUCACACCAACACCUGUUUGAGAUUGCUGGUUUCCUGGGCGUUCUGUGGUGUAUUAGCAUCCUGUCAUGUCUCUACUCAGACUUCACCUACAUGCCCAUGCAGAUCAACCCGCUCAUCCUCUAUGGCUUCAUGCUGCUCUUCCUCAUCAACCCCUUCAAAACCUGCUACUACAAAUCACGCUUCUGGCUCCUUAAACUGUUGUUUCGUGUGUUCACAGCACCAUUCCACCGGGUGGAGUUUGCAGACUUCUGGCUGGCUGACCAACUCAACUCGCUGGUGUUUGUUCUGAUGGAUAUGGAGUACCUCGUCUGCUUUUACCUCUUCGAGCUGCAGUGGAGCAACAACAAGGGCCUGCUGCCCAAUGUUUGUCCAGAUGACUACAUAUGCCACAGCUACUCAUAUGGUGUGCGUGCCAUUAUCCAGUGUCUGCCCGCCUGGCUUCGCUUCGUCCAGUGUCUGAGGCGCUACCGUGACACCAAGCGGGCCUUCCCUCACCUGGUGAAUGCUGGAAAAUACUCAACAACCUUCUUCGUCGUCACCUUCGCCGCGCUCUACAGUACACACAAAGAGCAGGGACAUGCGGACGCAGACAUGUUCUUCUACAUGCUGAUCGUGUUCUCGGCCAUCAGCUCCCUCUACACGCUGAUCUGGGACCUGCGCAUGGACUGGGGUCUGUUUGACCGCGGCGCUGGGGAGAACACCUUCCUCAGAGAGGAGAUCGUCUACCCUCAUAAGGCUUACUACUACUGCGCCAUCAUAGAAGAUGUGAUCCUACGUUUUGCUUGGACGAUCCAGAUCUCCUUGACCACCAUGACCAAUGUCCACUCCAUUGGAGACAUCAUAGCCACUGUACUGGCUCCUCUAGAGGUCUUCAGACGCUUCGUGUGGAACUUCUUCCGCUUGGAGAACGAACACCUGAACAACUGCGGUGAGUUCCGCGCCGUGCGGGACAUCUCGGUGGCGCCGCUCAACGCCGAUGACCAGACACUACUGGAGCAGAUGAUGGACCAGGAGGAUGGCGUGCGGAACCGCUCGGGCAAGAAGACCUGGAAGAGGUCCCACAGCCUGUCUCUCCGGCGCCCCCUGCUGUCCUCCUCCCAAUCCAAGAAGGACACAAAGGUGCUGAUUGAAGACACGGAUGAUGAAGCCUUCAGCUGA